AGCUUCAGUUUCAGCUUGAAUCUCGUCGAGUGCGCAAGUGGAUUAGUAGAGAUAUUAAAAAAUACCAAAUAUACGAUUUUAGCAUCUUAUUUAUAUUAUUAGUGCAAAAACAAAGUUAGAACAUAAAAAUGCCUGAAAUCACCACUCCCGAUAAAUUGGAAUACCAAUUCCAUCCCGUCUCCGGCGGUGUAUUCACAUUCAAAGUGCGUGCCGCACAUGAUGCCCAUUUGGCGUUGACCGCAGCACCCGUGGAAGCAGAUCCCAUGUAUGAGGUCUUCAUUGGUGGUUGGGAGAAUACCAAAUCGGUGAUCCGUAAGAAUCGCCAAAAGCCCGAUGUUGCAGAAGUGCAUACACCUGGUAUUUUGGAAGCUGGUGAAUUCCGCGGUUUCUGGGUACGUUGGUACGAUAAUGUCAUCACUGUUGGUCGUGAGGGUGAGGCAGCAGCUUUCCUGUCGUACGAUGCACAAGAUUUGUUCCCGGUUAACUUUGUAGGCGUGUGCACUGGUUGGGGUGCCAGCGGCUCUUGGAUUAUCGAUGAAGCUCAACCAGCUAGCGCUCCAGUUUUGGGCUUUGCUCCACCAUGCGGCAGCGGUCCAGGCUGUUGGGUACCCGCCUCCAAUGGCACCGUUCCACCCUCCGCUGUCGAGGGUGGUUUUGAUGGCGCCGAACAAUUGUACAUUGCACGUGCCCGUCACGAGAGCGACCUCAUUCCCGGCAAAUUGCAUCCAUCACAUGGUGUCGCCUAUGUGGCAUGGGGUGGCGGCGAACACGGACAUGCUGACUACGAGGUACUCUGCUCGAGCGGUGGCCAAUGGUUGCCCGUACAUGACGGCAACAUUCCUCCUAACGCUUUCCCUGCCGGCGAAACCGCCGAAGGUGAACCACUGUUCAUCGGUCGCGCCACACACGACGGCACCAUCACGGUGGGCAAAGUACAGCCAUCUCACGGAUGUUGCUACAUUCCAUAUGGCGGCGAGGAGCUCGCCUACAAAGAAUUUGAGGUCUUUGUUGUCUAAAUGUAUUAACAGCGUUGCACGCGAUAACAUGUUGAGCACUAAAUAUUAAUGUUGAAAGUAAAUAAGCAAAAUGUUUAUAUCUAUGUACAGUAGUGGCGCACAAAAUGCACUCCGUUAAUCGAAUAAUAUUGAUUAUAUUGGUAUAUAACGCGUAAGCAUGCUUAUAAUAUUGCUGAUUGAUCAAAUUGUAUUAGUAAAAUGUUAAAAAUUAAAAAGAGUAAAUGUUAUCAGAAGGCACGUGCCUUAUUAUGAGCUAAAUGAUCAAUUAUUAUAUUAUAUUCCACUGUCCUCAGACUGUUAAAUCGAAUAAAUCAAGUAAAGAUCAAAAGUAA